AUGUGCUCCAAAUGUGGACGUGACGAUCCUCUGCCCUCCGGCACGAACACCCAACCUGAACCAAGCACGGCCCACGGGCACGCACACAUUCAUUCGCACGCUCAUGCACCUGCUCAUCACCAUCAUCACCAUCACGGUCAUGGCACGCCCAGCGCGGCAGAGAUGAAUGCGGAGUACUAUGAUCGCGAGGCGGCAAACUACGAGAACAUGCCCGGGGCGCGAGAGCUCCUGAAAGAUAUCGCAAUCAAAAUGCGCGAGUCCGCGACAUUUGACGCGUCAACGACACGCGUCCUUGACUUCGCGUGUGGCAUAGGCAUGCUCUCGCGCGAACUCGCGCCGUACGCGAAAUCCAUCGUCGGUGUCGAUAUCAGCCCAGUCUCGGUAGCCAUUUAUAAUCACAAGGCGAAUGGUCUGGGCGCUACAGACAAGAUGCGUGCCGUAGCGCUCGACCUGCAAAAGACAUCAGGUGAACUCAAGGAGCAGACCUUUGACAUCGUAGUGUGUUCAAUGGCGUGGCAUCAUUUUGAUGACCCCGAUACGUAUACCAAGAUCCUUGCGCGCUUUCUUGCGCCCGGCGGCAAGCUUCUUGUCGUCGAUCAUAUGGGGAAGCCCGCGGGUGAGGGCACAUUGCCCAUGCCCGACUCACUCAAAGGCGUCGUGCCGCAGAUACAAGGUUUCUCGGAUGAUCGCAUGAAGGAGAUGUUUGAUAGUGCGGGUCUCGUUGACAUGCGGUACCGCAAGGCGUUCCGCGUACCACUACCGAUCCCGGACAUGCCUCACUUGACUGAGGAAGAGCGUACCGCCGAUCUGUUUCUGGCUGAGGGGACGAGACCGACGCAGAAGCUCUGA